AUGUCGCUUCGACUUGAGUCCAUUCGAGCGUACCGCGAGCUUUAUCGCGCUGCUUCACGGUCAGCACGGGAAUGUGCGCUGUAUAAUAGUUCGGGUUUACUGAACUACGUAUCACAGCGUUUUGGGCAGGAAGCAGACAAGCAGAAUCGCCAACUUGAAAAUGCUCUGCGAGCAUUGGAGCGACACUUCAGUGAUCAGGGAAGGAAAAAACGACGCUGUGCGGGGGCGGGCCGCGCUCAAGCCAAGUUACUAGAGCGGUACCAAAGGCACAUCUCCAUGGAAAUUGAUCGUACUCGUAUCCUUGCUAAGGCGCUCUAUAUGGCGCCAGGCAAUGUGCAACUGACAUCAGUGCUUCAGGUCCUAUCCGCUGGUGCCGGGAACCGCUCGUAUCAGCAAAUGAUGGAGUCUAGCAUUCUCUCGUUUCUUGAGCAUGAAACUAAGAAAACUUCUCGCAAUGAGGUUGCAGAGGACAUGACUAGCGAGCGUCAAAAUCGAAUUAUGCUGCAGGCACUCUUACCAUAUGCGGAGCGGCUGCUACUUGUCCAUCGUACGGCUGUGGGUGAGCAAAAUCGGGUAAGCUCACUGAUUUAUCUAACGCCUUGGCAAGUGACCGAUUCAAUAGUUGGCAAUCGAAGUGGCGUGUCUGCCGUGCAUCUACGCCUUGGUCGUGAUCACUUAGUGGUUGAAGUGGAUGAGACUUACAACAAGCAAGUGGUGUACAUUUGCUGUACCCGGCAGGAUGGGGGCGACUCGGGUAGUUACGAGUGGGCGCAGGAAGUAGAACGUGUGGAGAUCAGCGAAAGUGAGGAGGUUCAGAAGACGAUGUUUCACAGCCAGUACCUAUUAAUGGCAACUCGCAUUUGUGACGCUCUUCUGCACGACUCUCCGCUACAUCCUACGCGCAGCACCGUCGUGAUUGGCCACGCGGUUGGCGGGGCAGUAGGCUUGGUGUUGUCACUUUUGCUUACUCAACGGGGAUUCGAGGUGUCGAACACGAUCUCUCUCGGCGCACCAAAAUCCUUACAGGGGACACUGGAGCGCUACGUUGCGGCAAUUAAUCCAAUUCGGGUAGUGCUAGCGGGCGACCCGCUAGUUGAACUUCCUAUCACGGGUGCCGAAGGGGCACCCUUUGUCCACAUUGGCGAGAUUCUCCUCCUGUCGCCGGCAAAUCUGUCAAGCGAUUCCUCAGCCCCAGCAGAUACGUCUGAAUCCGAGGCUGACGGAAAAGUUAUAUGUGGUGCACCAUCCUCACCUGAUGACACUUUUACAGCCAAGUCUCUUAGCGCUAUGAUGGCCGACUCAGAUGACGUUACUUUCACGAGUGACUGCGCUGAUGCCCCUUCCGCAGCUAUAUCAGUUUCUUCAAGCAAGGUAGGUGAGGAGUACGCUGAAGAAGACAGCGAUGAAGAGGGACUGCCUGAAAUACUGCGUGUUGCUGCGCAGCGAUAUAGCGGUCACUUUUUGGUGGAGCAUUACGUGCGGCAUUUGCAAGAUCCGUCGGUGGAGCUGACGUACGCCGAGGGGGAUGAGGUAUGGGAUGAGGGAGACUACGAAAAACUAAAGCGAAGCAGUGCUCGAGAGCCGCCAAUAACGUCUGAAGAGCGUCGCAUUCGUGACCUUCGUGGGCCACUGUGA